ACAUAUAAAAUCACAGCACGUGCUAUUCACGAAGCAGUUGCACGACUUGCAGCUUGCAGGCGGUUACAAGCACAAUAUUAGGCAGCGUGAUGUAACAGUAUGAUAUAAUUAAUCGUGACCAAAAUAUACCCAUUCGCACUUGUCUCAUCAUUGAAAUAUGGACGCCGCAAAAAAAUUUGAUAAUCCAAACCCACGCAUGUCCGCAAAUGCAAUCAGUAAAUUGUUUUUCUGGUGGAUAGUAGGAUUAUUUUGGUAUGGAAAGGAUCAUGACUUGGAGAUGAAAAAUGUAUACAACACAUUGCCUGCUGAUAUGAGUGAGCUUUUGGGAAACAAACUAGAACAAUAUUGGAAAAAGGAAAUACAUACAGCUGAGAAAAAUGGCAGAAAACCUAAACUUUUGACUGCUAUAAGGCAAACAUUUAUGUGGUCUUUUCUUUAUUAUGGAGGAUGGAUUUUAUUUAUGACCUCUGUUUUAAGAGUUAUGCAACCAUAUUUGUUGGGUCUGCUCAUUUGGCAUUUUGAUCCACGAGCAACAUCUACUCAGAAAGAGGCAUAUCUCUAUGCAUUUGGUGUAAUAAUCAUAGGAAUAAUAGUAAUGUUAAUCAAUCAUCAUUCAUAUAUAGGUUUAUUAGAGAUUGGAAUGCGAGUGAGAAUAGCAAGUUCCUCUCUUCUAUACAGAAAGAUAUUACGUUUAUCAAAAUCUUCUACUACUACUCCAGGACAGAUCAUUAAUCUAUUAUCAAAUGAUAUGGCAAGAUUUGAUCAGCUAUUUACAUUCUUACAUUACAUUUGGAUUUUGCCUGUACAAGGUGCGAUAAUUGCAUUUUUGAUAUGGCAAAACGUCGGCAUUGCUUCAUUGGCCGGCAUAUUUCUGAUAACAAUUCAAACUAUUCCACUUCAAGGAUAUAUAAGUAAGUGGACUUCAAAAUUGCGUUUAAAAAGUGCAGUGAGAACUGACGAGAGAGUUCGUUUGAUGUCUGAAAUAAUCAGUGGUGUACAAGUUAUCAAAAUGUACACUUGGGAAAAACCAUUUGAAGAGCUAGUUAAUUGCAUGAGAAAAUAUGAAAUCGAUGUUCUUACAUUAAUGUCAUACCUAAGAGGUUUCACUUUGGCCACGUUUGUUUUCACGGAAAGAACAACAUUAUAUUUCACUAUUAUGGCUUAUGUAUUAUUUGGAUAUUCGAUAUCUGCUGAUAAAGUAUUUUCAAUGGCACAAUACUUUAACAUUCUUCAACUUACUAUGGCAAUAAUAUAUCCUCUAGCUGUAGCAGCUGUUGCUGAAACAGCUGUGUCUAUAAAAAGAAUCGAAAACUUCCUUUUAUUAAAUGAAAACGUUUCAUUAGUACAAUCACUGUCAGUUAAUGGAAUGAGUAUCUUAAUGAAAAACGUUAAUGCUUCAUGGACAACGACCGCAAUUGUGAAUACAUUACAUAAUAUUAACAUUCAAAUUAAAACUGGAAAACUUUAUGUUAUUGUUGGUUCUAUAGGCGCAGGAAAGAGUUCUUUUCUACAAGCAAUUUUAGGCGAACUGAAACCAUCGCAUGGUCAGAUACAUAUAAAUGGCAAAAUAUCGUAUGUUAGUCAAGAACCAUGGUUGUUUGCUGGCACAAUACGAAAUAAUAUUUUAUUUGGUCAACCUUACGAUAAAGAUAAAUAUCAGACAGUAGUAAAAGUGUGUGCUCUUGCAAGAGAUUUUGAAGAACUUCCAUAUGGUGACAAGACCUUGAUCAGUGAUAGAGGUACGGUGCUUAGCGGCGGACAACGUGCGAGAAUUAAUUUAGCAAGAGCCGUUUAUAGGGACGCUGAUAUUUACCUUUUUGAUGAUCCUUUAUCAGCUGUUGAUACUAAUGUUAGCAAACAUUUGUUUGAUGACUGCAUAAAUAAUUACUUAAAAGAUAAAACGAGAAUUCUUGUGACUCAUCAAUUACAAUACUUGAAACAGUGCGAUUAUAUUAUUAUUUUGAAUAAUGGUCAAAUUGAGAAUGAAGGCACAUUUAAGACUCUUCAAGAAGAAAAUGCAAACUUUUUAGAAAUCUUAUCAAGAAAUGAAGAAAUUAACGAAGAGAGGAGAGAAUCAUUAAAAAUUGACACAAAUCUUACACCUGAAAUAACACAAAAUGCUAAUAAUGACGAAGUAGACGAGAUCGAACCUGAAGAAAUUGAAGAACUUUUAGCCAAAGGAAGUUUAUCAAAAUCGCUUUACUGGAAAUAUAUUCGUAGCGGCGCAUCUAUCAUCAUGAUCGUUAUCUUUCUAUUUUGCAUGAUUUUGGGACAAAUUGGAAGUAGCGGUUGUGACUAUUGGGUUGGUUAUUGGACGAAUCAGGAAGAAAUGCGUAUUAUGGCUACCCGCGACCAGCAAUAUAGUACAGCGAAUAAUUUUACAAUUUCACCUUUUAUACCGAAAUCUAUUAGACAAAUAGACAAUAUCUCAGAGACAAAUAAUGAAUUCACUCAAGUUUCCAUAACCACAGAGCAUUGGGAAGAUCAAUCCAAUGAUACUGCAUUGCCACAAAAUUUUAUUUCCAAUAAUACUGCCAUUAUAGAUAAAGAUGCUCAUUAUCUUGACACAAAUACAGCCUUAUGGAUUUAUGGAGGUUUUAUUAUCAUCAGCGUUGUAAUGACAACGUGUCGGAAUCUGAUCUUUUAUAAAAUAUGUAUGAAUGCUAGCAAAAAUUUGCAUAACUUUAUGUUUUCGUGCUUACUCAAAGCGCCCAUGUCAUUUUUUAAUACCAAUCCGUCAGGUCGAAUUUUGAAUCGUUUCUCAAAAGAUAUUGGUACUGUGGAUGAAAUUUUGCCUAGGACCAUGAUAGAGGCCCUUCAAAUUUUCAUAGUAAUGAUUGGAAUUAUAACACAAGUACUUAUUAUCAAUUGGUGGAUCUUAUUCCCUACAAUCAUUAUGAGUAUUUUAUACAAUGAGAUAAGAAAGUUUUACAUUUCGACAGCACAGACUAUAAAACGAUUAGAGGGAAAUGCCAAGAGCCCCGUUUUUUCGCACGUUAACUCUACAUUGUCGGGUCUAAUGACAAUACGUUCUGCUGGUGCUCAGGAAAUGGUUCGCAAGCAAUUCGACGAACACCAGGAUUUACACACUAGUACUUACUCGUUAAUUAUCGCAACUGGUACAAUGUUCGGUUUUGCGCUAGAUGUAGUCACUAUUGGUUUCAUUACCGUCGUUACAUUUAGCUUUGUCGCAUUCGACGACGGAAAUACCUUCGCUGGGAAUGUCGGUUUAGCUAUUUCACAAGUGCUCAUUUUAUGCGGUAUGAUGCAAUAUGGAAUACGUCAAACGGCCGAAACGAUCACGCAGAUGACAAGCGUGGAAAGAAUAUUCCAAUUCACUAAGCUCGAGCAAGAGGGCCCAUUUGAAAGUAAUCCCACGAAUAAACCAUCAAGUAAUUGGCCCACCGAGGGAGAGAUUAAAUUCAAUUGUGUUUCUCUUCGAUAUGCCGAAUCAGAGCCACCCGUUCUUAAAUCUUUAAAUUUCGUCAUAGAACCGGGCAUGAAAAUUGGAAUAGUGGGUCGCACCGGAGCUGGGAAAUCUUCUUUAAUCUCCGCUUUGUUCCACAUGACGAAAUUCGAAGGCGCUAUUUUCAUCGAUAACGUUGACACGAAGAACGUCGGUCUUCAUGAUUUGAGAGACAAAAUCUCCAUAAUACCGCAGGAACCAAUGUUAUUCUCUGCUACGCUAAGAGAUAAUCUCGAUCCCUUUCAUAAAUUUCACGAUGCCGAUUUAUGGAAUGCUUUGGAAGAGGUGGAACUGAAGAAAGCAAUGGCUUCUUUGGACCAUUGCAUUGAACAGAACGGCGGUAACUUAAGCGCAGGACAACGACAAUUAAUUUGUCUGGCGCGUGCUAUUUUACAAAAUAAUAGAAUUCUUGUGCUCGAUGAAGCUACCGCAAAUGUCGAUCCUACAACGGACGCACUUAUACAAACUACGAUCCGAAAGAAAUUUAAAACUUGCACAGUAUUAACAAUAGCACAUAGAUUAAAUACAAUAAUGGAUAGCGAUAAAGUACUAGUAAUGGAUCAUGGUCAAAUGUUAGAAUUUGAUCACCCGUAUGUUCUGUUACAAAAUGAAAAGAGUCACUUUAGUGCCAUGGUACAAGAAACUGGAAAAUCGAUGACCGAACAACUUAAACAAUGUGCUAGAAAGGCUUAUGAGGAACAGCAUAAAUUCGUAUAAUUUCUACAAGAUUCUUCAGUUUCUUUUUUUUAUCUAAAACAGAGGAAAUUUACUUAUCUUCUUUUGUACUUAGUUUUUUGGCCCAAGAUUCUUAAUUUCUUUAUUUUAUAAUUUGUUAGAGAUUAAUAAUUUAAUAAAUCCAUUUUAAUAUAUG